AUGGAGGUCGUCGAUGAAACUGAAGAACGCGUCUGCUUCGCUAGUCAGCCAAAAUAUUUCAACUGGGCCCUUUUCAUCGGCAUAUUCUCGUUUGGCAUUGCGCUGUCUUUUUAUUCAGAGUCCUGCUUUUGGCAGAUGAUUUACGUGAUAGGAAGUCUGGUGAUUGCUUCGGCUUUCAUUGACCAUUGGCAGGAACUAACAUUAGACAGACCACUGGACCAGUUGUCCUAUACAGUUCAGAAUAUCUAUCAGAGGUUUUUGUUUAGAAACAAGCACACAUUUAUGGAAACAGCAAAGUUGAGUGAGUUGAAGAAAGUUAAAGCCAACCAGCGCAAUGGGACCAUUACUUUCUACCACAACCACACCACAACUAAAGUUUUUGUUGGAAGUAGUUUCAUAACUAUGCUACUGACAUUGAAUAGACUGAAAGAAUUUCUAAAGAAAUGCACAGCUGAUAACACCAUCCAGUUCGACUAUAACAUCCAGAGCAUUAGCAGCAGCAGCAGUCCAGCCAACAACAGUGGAGAUGACGACGGCGACGUUGGCGAUGAAAGUGAUUUGAACCACGCAGCAGCUAGCGACGCGCUAGACUCGGCGGGUGAUUGCCGUCUUCGUCGGCACGAAUAUGACGAAGACAUCAGCGAUGACGACAUCAGCGAUGACUCGGGUGACGACGACGACGAUGAUGAUCGCCCUAGUAGUGACGGUAAAGAUGGUGAUGAGGAUGAAGAAGAAGUCGACGACGAUGAUGAUGAUGGAAUUCGUCAUAAAAUUUCCGAAAGAGGUGACGAGAAGGUGGAAGGCAGUGGAAGCAGUGACUCAGAUGGCAGUUUCGAGAAAGUUUCAUGUGAAGAUUUGCUGGCUGCUGAGGAUGAUGAAGCUACUACUGCUGCUGCUGCUGCUACUGUUGACGUAUCCAGUAAUCCUGAAUGCUCCAACAUAGAUCAAACUGCUGACAAGAGCUCAACUAACAAGGACUGCAAGGCUGCUACUUCCGCUACUACUCCUACUACUUCUACUACUGCUACAACUACUACAUCUACCACUACUACUUCUACCACAGGUAGCGGUGAUGGUAGCGGCGGCCUUGAAUUCAAACAGUCCAAAGGUGCCAAAUUAGAAAACGAGUAA